AUGGACUACAUCAACAACGACGUCUAUCGUGAACAACGUACCUGGGGAACGUUUGGCUUGUAUGAUUCAGAGGAGUGGCAGCUUGGUCCAACGAUUGAUCACCGCAACGCACAUCCUGCGGACAUCGCUUUCGGGGCAUACCCUAUCGCGCCUGUGGACCGCUACGUCUUCGAGCCCCAUGGACCUUGGUCUUACGUUCGGGAGCCGUUACACCUACCACCAAUGCUCCAGGAACCGGCCGGGUGCCAACAACUACCACCGCUGGCUACGUACAGUAGCCACGACCAGCAACGCAUGUCGUCACCAAGCAACAGUGGACCCUCUUCGGCCGACCUGAGCAGCGCAUGGAGCGACAGACAUAGCACUCCAUUGUCCUCACCCGGUCCCAGUGCUGCGGAGUACUCGCCUCACUCCGCCUAUCUCGAUGCGAUGCCACCGUCUUUCGGUGGCGGCCUCUUCGGAAGUCCCCUUGAGACCACCGUGACGCCCUUCGCGUUGCAUGGCAUUCAAUUUGCGCACGAUAGUCAGCCAAAUCAGAUCGUGUUCGACGAUGGCCACAACUACUUCAACCAGGUUCCAGAAGAAGGGUAUCAGCCGCAAGACAGAGAGAUGGACGCGCACAACGAUGCAAGCACCGCUCCACCAGCUGCCUCCCGUCCACGUUCCAUUCGUCCCGAGUCGCCCAACAUCCACAGACGCCGGACUUCCUCGAGUCGUGUAGCGACGUCUCCGACCUCGUCCUCGAAAGUCGCGAAGAGACCAAACACGCCGAGAAAGACUUCGUCGUCAAGCGCGAAGGCCUCAAGCAAGCAACAAGCGACCGUCGACGCGGCAGCGAACCGACCCUUUUUGUGCGCAUUGGCACGGUACGAAUGUACGUCAGCAUUCGGGUCCAAGAAUGAAUGGAAGCGGCACGUCUUUACCCAACACAUGCGCCCCGGUCGCUGGUGCUGCGACAUGUGCGACAAGAAAGACGGACUGAACACUUUCAACCGCAAGGAUCUGUUCCUCCAACACGUCAAGCGUAUGCACACGGAUGUCACCGAGAACAAGAAAGAGACACCCAAGUCUUCAGGAUCACGGUCUCCCAAGAAAGCUCCCCAGGGCUGCGAGGGCACCGCAAUUGCGAAUCGAUGUUAUCAGAAGAUUCGAUCGCUGCCUGAGAAGAGUGGGUGCAGCUUCUGCAAAUGCUCUUUCCGCAGCUGGGACGAGCGCAUGGAGCAUAUCGGGCAACACAUGGAGGUAGUCAAGAAGGAGGGCAGAGAUCCUGUCGACCCCAGCGCCUGGAAGGACGACUACGAUCUGCAUGACUAUCUGGUGGAAGAAGGCAUCGUUGAGGAAGAUGACAGGAAUCGCUGGGUUCUUGCUGAUGCAUCGAGGUAG